AUGACCAUCCUAUUACCUGCCGAAUCCGAGUCUGAAUUGCUUUUGGCGAACAACGCUCCCAUCUCUCCCUCCAAUUUCUAUGGAGAAUCUAGUGCUCGACGUUCUUCACGGCUGAAAAUGUCCAGCGUAGCAAGAUUGCCCCUGAAGCGCCCAGCAUCGACAACUGUGGAGACAGAUGCCUCAGUGAAGAUUCUGAAGAAGCAGACAUUGGAUGAGAAGAAAGCCCUGCCCUCUGCUGCCAUCCCUCACCACGUUCGAACAUUUAUCGACUCUGUACUCGCAUCACCUGCGUUUACUUCCUCCCCUGCCUCCUCUACGGAAUCUCCCCUCAAUAGGUCUCCACAGUUUCUACCCCGCCGUCGUAAUACUGUGAACGACGCGGAUACAACUGUUGCUCGUGCCCGUCUCGCAGAGAAUAGGCCUACGCCGCGCACUCCCGCACGCCGCCGUGACGUCGUGCCACCGAGAACGCUCACUGACGAAAAGCGGAAGCAACGGCACGAACUACCUUUUUUUACUGAGGAACAAGAGGCGGCUUUGCGCGAUUGGAAGGAAACUGUUGCUCCGUGGGAUCGUCGUCGCAAGGCCAUCGCGAAAGCGGACGCAGAGCUGUACUGGUAUCACUUCUUUUGGUUCAUCGUCGUGUUGAACUGGUCAAUCAUAUCUGUCUCCGUCGUUAUUCUCUUUCAAUUCGUAUUCAGGUUUGGACAGCAUCCAUUUUAUCAACGGGGGUGUAUAUCGCUCCACCCCGAAUGCAUCCAACUCGUUCAUCGUACUUCGCAUUAUUAAUCCGUCCACAGGUUGUUUACCGUCAAUUCCUUCCACUGCAUUACCUAACCAUACACAACACACAAUCUUUCAGUAUUGUAUCAUUAGAUUUUUCCGUACCC